AUGCCUACGUUUCGUUCUCUUCUACCAGACUAUUAUGAGUGGGAAUUUGUCGACGCCGAUCAUGACUGUGAGGCCGCCGAGGGAGUAAGCCAGAUCUACCCUGGGCCCUACCUGAGUUUCUACAACACCCCCUACACCAAAGAGGUCUCCAAAUCGCAUGCAUUCAUCGAUGAGAUGAUCGAACAGGAUGGCCCCUUCGAUGCCAUCAUGGGUUUCAGUCAGGGAGCUGCUGUUGCCGCCUCGUACAUUCUGAAAGCUCAAGCCUCCGACUCUUUAGCGCCCCCGCCUUUUCGCCUAGCUAUCUUCAUCUGCAGUAGUCUGCCAUUUUCGACGGACCCGUCGGCAGGAUUCAACAUCACUAGAUUAUAUGAGACCGGGGGAGACAUGUUGACCAGUGAUCUGGCAUACUGGAAAUCGUUCGCCGGAGCAGCCCCGCCUACCACCAUACCGCACGUUAAUUGCGGGCUGAAUGGUACCUUGUCCGACGCCCAUCUGGACCCCACAGAUACCGUACAUCGCUAUCAUCCAUUGGCAAACACGGUCGCCAAUCGUAUUGAUAUCCCGACGGUUCACAUAUACGGACGGGACGACCCAUAUAAAGGUCAGAGCGUGGCUUUACUGGGAUUAUGCAGUAGCCAGCAAGACCUAACUUAUUCUUACGAGCACCCUGGGGGUCAUAACGUGCCGACAAUGGAAACCGUCUCAAAGAACAUUAGCAAUCUUAUUCGCAAGGCUGUGACUAGAAGCGAACUCAUGUUCUAA